UUCAACAGAAUUUUUUAUACAUAGACCGAACGGAAGUUUAAAAAUGGUUAAAAGGCCUCCUGACGACACUUCAACCUCGGCGAUACCAGCCACAACUACGUCCACAGGGACGCUUACGACAAGAGAUGAAGAUUCCACAACAAUGCAUUCAACACCCUCAACAAAAUCAACGAAAUCAACAAAGCCAACAACGCCAACAACACCGACAACUCCAAAGCUCGAGGACAACAAAUAUGGCAAAUUUUUCAACAAAACCGUCGUGACACUGGUCCUUUGUGGAUAUCUCACUGGAGUAGCCAUUGCGCUGGCAUGGCAAACAUACGAAACGGGGACCUUCCAGCCGCCGAAAGGCAGAUGGCUGAAGUGGAAUGUGGCUAUUUUGGUGUUUCUUUUACUCUGCUACAGUCGCAGUGUGCGUUGUACCGUCACUUUAUGCAUACCGAUCAUGUGCAGCUCGAAAGGACGUACACUGCUGAUCGCCUUUGCCUUUGUGUUGGUUGCAACGGGGCCGACAAGAAACAUAUUGCGUAAUGUGGACGCGCUGACCACCAGCCUCUCGUGUGGUCAAAUGCAACUCAAGCAUGCGCUCGAGGAGAUGUUGGAGGUGAUGCGACAACCUUUGGUGGCUAUUAAGAAGGCGGUCCAAACAGCGAUGGACAACGUAAAGAAGGUUAUGAAGAAGGUUCAGUUAUUAUUGUUCCGCAUAAAGGAACUGGUGCUGCUUGUCUUGAGCGGCAUUAAGCUGAUGUACGAGUGGCUAAAUAGCAUUGUGAAAUUUUGCAACAAGGAGUUCGGUACGCCCUUUGAUCGCUGCAUGAAAAUUGCGGAUGAUGCGAUGGCGGAUUGUCGAGAAAAACUGGGACUCUUCCAGGGUCUUUGUAAUGCUACACACAUAUUCACCAUGCUUUGUUACACCGUAAAAGUGGUCGAUGUGAUCUGUGUGAUGGUAGUCUUCUUCGACGAUAGUGUGUUGGGUACCAUUAUGGAUAAGUUGCGCGAGUUCACGGAUGAAAUAAAGAAUAUGUUUGAUGUAACUGUGACCUUCGAACAUGACUUUAGCUUCUCAACGGUGGCCUCGAGAAAUCUUACUGAUGUCAGCAAAGCUAUUAUGGCGGAGAUACACUUACGUAUGGCUAACUUUUUCCUCAUUUUCGGCUUUCUGGAUGUAAUUGGCGGAUUCCUAUUCGUUAUGGUGAUAAUCAAAGCACUGUACUUCAAAAUGAAAUAUUUACGCCAACCUGACUAUGACAACCGUUAUUUGACCAAAGAUUUCAUAGAGAUCGAUGAGCAACGUAAGUUGACGGAUCAGGAUCGUGUGUUGCCGUUGAAGAGAACCGAAAAACACAAGUACAUUUGGAUCUCGAGUUGUCGUUUGACGCGUCGUGAGAUCUUUAGACUACUGCGUUCCAUGGUAUUCCUAUUUAUAUCCACCAUACAAAUAUUCUGCAUCUGUUUUGCUGAUUACUGUUUCUACUGGUUACUGGCGAUGAUUCGGUUUUAUGGCGGCAUGGAGGCAAAUGUGGAAAUUCCUCCCUAUGUUGUGGUCGACGUGAAGGGCGAAGACUUCGCGGCUCAAAUAUUUCGUGGCAUCGUCGAGGCUUUCGAACCAGUGAACCAGAAGUUCAACGUCGAUACCACGCCUUGUCUCCCCAAACCAAGUGUACCGAAUUUUAGACGCUACUUCGACAUAGGUGGUAUUUGCUUACUAGCUUGGAUAUUCCUCUUCUGCGAACCCUAUGGUCUGCGCUUGCGACAUCUGGUCAUGCGCGUAUAUUAUCCGGUUGAGGCACGUCAACGUGCUGCUUGGCUUUACAAUCAGAUACUAAUGAAGCGCAUGACUUUUUUUAAGCUGCUGCGGCGUAAAGCACGCGCAAAGUUCAAAAAUGAGCCUCAAGCAGAUCCGUAUACGUUUCUAGAUUGGAUUAGAGCCAAGACGUCAGGUUUCUUUCUUUUUCGUCUUAUAUUUGGCCAUCGAAAGAGCAAUACUUGCAUCCUGUGUGGAUUUCCUUUGAAAGACGACAAAGUGGAAUGUUCAACGCCCGGUUGUAAAGCGGUCUACUGCCAGAGCUGCUUUAAUGAGUCGAACAAAAUGUGCUGCAUUUGCAAAAAUCCGGUGGAGUAUGGCGACGACAGCGACAUCUCGGAGGAGAUAGAUUCUUCAGAUGAUCCGAACGCUGUACGCGUGCCGCACGAAAGCGAUAAAUAUUGUAUUUGGGUGCCAUAA